AUUGCCCUUCGACCCACCUCUCCCAUAGGUCGCCUGCUCAUUUAAAUAGUGCGUUCCCUCGGGUGCCACUUGAUAAAAUUGUCUGGGCGCUCCUUGAGGAUUCGCCAGAGGCGGCUGGAAGCUCCAAGUUCACCUGCCCAGGUGUCCGCGGCCCUCGGGGAGCCACCCUGGCCUGGCACCUGGGGGUCGGGUCCCCGAAGUCCCAUUUCGGGGGGCUCUGCUGGCUGCGGUGGGCGCAGGGGCUGCUGCCAGAGCGUACCCUCCUUUCCCUUUCGCGAGACGCUGGGUGCCGGCGGGGACCGACACCUGCCUGACGCCUCUAAUCCCCUUAGGGCGCCACGCCCGCUGCGCGCGGCUCGGGAAUAAGUGAGCGCAGGGCGCGCAGGUGAAGUUCCGGCUCCGGCUGCGAGCCGCGGAGCCUCCAGUUUACGCGCAGGGCCCCGGCAACCGCGCGGCCAUGGUCUCGCCGCGGGGCAUCGGCACCUUCGUGGUGUGGGACUACUUAGUGUUCGCCGGGAUGCUGCUCAUCUCGGCCGCCAUCGGCAUCUACUACGCCUUCGCGGGGGGCGGCCAGCAGACCUCCAAAGACUUCUUGAUGGGCGGCCGCAGUAUGACCGCCGUGCCCGUGGCGAUGUCCCUCACCGCCAGCUUCAUGUCGGCUGUCACGGUCCUGGGCACCCCCUCCGAAGUCUACCGUUUUGGGGCCAUAUUCAGCAUCUUUGCCAUCACCUACUUCUUUGUGGUGGUCCUCAGCGCGGAGGUCUUCCUCCCGGUAUUCUACAAACUGGGAAUUACCAGCACCAACGAGUAUUUAGGACUUCGAUUUAACAAAUAUGUUCGUCUCUGUGGAACAAUCCUCUUCAUUGUUCAAACGAUUUUGUAUACUGGAAUUGUUAUCUAUGCCCCUGCCCUGGCUUUGAAUCAAGUUACAGGAUUCAAUCUGUGGGGUGCUGUAGUGGCUACUGGUGUGGUCUGCACAUUCUACUGCACUAUGGGUGGUCUUAAAGCGGUUAUCUGGACAGAUGUUUUUCAAGUUGGAAUCAUGGUGGCUGGAUUUGCAUCUUUGAUUAUACAGGCUGCAUUGAUUCAAGGUGGAAUCGGUACUAUUCUAAAUGAUGCCUAUAAUGGAGCAAGAUUAAACUUCUGGAAUUUUAAUCCUAACCCUUUGCAAAGACACACAUUCUGGACGAUUGUUAUAGGAGGGACCUUCACAUGGACCAGCAUCUAUGGAGUCAACCAAUCCCAAGUGCAGAGAUAUAUUUCCUGUAAAAACAGAUUCCAGGCAAAAAUGUCUCUCUACAUCAAUCUUGUGGCACUCUGGUUGAUCCUGACCUGCACAGUGCUAUGUGGGCUCGCCCUGUAUUCCAGAUACCGUGACUGUGAUCCUUGGACAGCCAAGAAAGUGUCUGCACCAGACCAGCUCAUGCCUUAUUUGGCACUGGACAUUCUGCAAGAUUAUCCGGGACUUCCUGGACUUUUUGUGGCCUGUGCUUACAGUGGAACAUUAAGCACAGUAUCCUCCAGUAUUAAUGCCUUAGCAGCAGUAACUCUGGAAGACCUAGUAAAAUCUCGCUUCCAAUCUCUCUCAGAAAGGUCUCUCUCUUGGAUUUCCCAAGGAAUGAGUGUGCUGUUUGGAGCUUUGUGUAUUGGAAUGGCUGCGCUGGCAUCACUAAUGGGAGCUCUGUUGCAGGCCGCACUCAGCAUAUUUGGCAUGGUUGGGGGACCACUUCUGGGCUUAUUUGCUUUGGGGAUUUUGGUUCCCUUUGCCAACUCAAUAGGAGCACUUGUGGGUCUGCUGGCUGGAUUUACCAUUUCUUUGUGGGUCGGAAUUGGAGCUCAACUUUAUCCUCCACUUCCUGAGAGAACUAUGCCAUUAAGCCUUGAAACCUACGGCUGUAACAGCACAUACAAUGGGACAGAUUGGAUGACAACCACAGAAAUGCCAUUUUCUACCAGUGCUUUUCAAGUGUACAACGUUGAAAGGACUCCACUGAUGGAUAACUGGUAUUCUUUAUCAUAUCUCUACUUCAGUACUGUUGGAACUUUGGUAACGUUAUUUGUGGGAAUGCUUAUCAGCUUAUCAACAGGAGGAAGAAAACAAAACAUAGACCCCAGAUUCCUACUAACCAAAGAGGACUUUUUAUCCAAUUUUGACAUUUUUAAGAAAAAGAAGCAAGUUUUAGACUAUAAAUCUUAUCCAAUAGAAGAUGAUGGAACUGAUAAUCCUGGCUUCAACCAUAUUGAAUUGAACUGCACAGAUCAAAGUGGCAAGAUCAAUGGGACUCGUUUGUGAAGCAGCUGUGAUGCUAAAUUAUCUUAAACAGUGUCCCAGUUUUAUAUGUUUUUUAAGAUAAUUGGAUCAGGUCUAGAUUUUUUUUUGUCCUAUCAUGAGUGUUUUGGGGAACUUUGCGGGGGGAUACAUUUUUGUUAAAGCAAAUUUUGACUUUUACUUUCUAUACUCAUUAAUUGAUGCUACUCUGAAUGUAAGAGUUUCAGCAUCAGUAUUUUCCUCUCUCUCUCUACUAUUAUAUCAGUGAAGCUGUAGUUGUGCAAGUUGUGAAAGUUUUGAAAGUUGUGACUACAUAUGCGCUGAAAAACUAAUACACACAUAUACACACAUACUCGAUGGUCAAAAGCAUAUUCUUAAAUUAGGGCAUCAUUAAAAAUAUUUCCCUGCAUUUGGUGCUAGCAUAUAUUUUGGAGUUUGCCGAAAUCAUAAUUAAUAUUGAAAAGGACCUUUCUCCCUCCUACCGCGUACUCUAUUCUUAGGGAGCAAUGAAGUGACAGGUCUGUGCUGUCUCGAUCUUUGCUUCUCAUCAACCCCUGUCAGCCCAGGGCACGUUUAAUCUUGGAAUUGAUUCUGGCUCGGGAGGGUGGUAAUCAAGAAGCAUCCUGUUUGGGACAGAACAUGGGCCCAAUGGUCAAGGUCUUUUUGGUGCUAUGCAUCUCUUGUGCCUUUUUGCUUGUUAACUAGAGUUCCUGGCCAUUGGCUGCUCAUAUUGCCUUUCUUUGACUCUGGUUCUUAUCUGGAUUCCUGGUUUCUCACCCACUAACUUUGGUUUUGUUGCACAUAUUACCUUUGCCUUCCUGAUUUCCUGUUCACUCUAUUGCCUUGGGCUUGUGUAUGUCUUGAGACACCCAAUGUGAAUCAUGCUACCCCAGAUCCUGGUUCACUGCGUCCUGGCCUAUAAGUAUAAACUCCCAUGAGCCUUAUACUGACCAAAGUACUUGCAGCUAGGUACUUACAGAUUUGGUGAUCCAAGAACAUUUACACAAUUAAAAAUGGGUAAGCUCUGUGGAAUUAGAUGAUUCCAUUGAAUGCUAUGAAGCUGAAUGUCAACUAAUUUGCAAUGAUUUAAAUUUAAAUGUACAUAUGCUUAGACAUAUUGAAUUCCAAGGUAUCCACCUGGUUGAUGAGCUAAAUUACAUAGGCAAAUACUACUAUUUUUGUUUAGUGUCCCAGAAUUACUGGAUAUAUGCUAUGUUCCAUGCUUUAAAAUUUUAAGUAGCAAUCUCAAAGUUUAUUUUGUUUAUUUUCCUACAUUUCUAGCUAAGACUUUGGUUACAGGCUUUCAUCAAUAACUUAUUUUUUUUCUACAGUUCACACAUUAGAUACUGUUUAGAAGGGUUUUUUUUAAGCAUUACACUGUUUUAAAAUAAUAAUGUGUGAAAUAUUUUGGUACAUUAAAAUAUUUUAUGAUUAAAUAAUUUUUGCUUAUUGUCUGAUAAUUUAGGUAAGCAUGCUGUACAGAGGUUGGCAAUUUAAAACAUUAAGAAAUGUUUUUAAUGUUAAUGUUUUAUUCAUGUUAUUAAGAAACAUUAAUAAAAAAUAAGAAAUAGCAUUAAUCUAAAGCAGAGAUUUAUACAUUUAAAUUAAUGAUAUAUUCACAUAUUUUCUAUGUGUAUAGUUGUUAUUUUUUAAUCAACAUAUUUGUAAGCAUCCAUCAAACUUUGUAACUCUUCCUAUGAUUUUUUAAUGAGUAGGAAGAUAUAAUCUUAUUUGUUUUAUGUGAGUGUGAUUUGAACAAUUGUUAUUUAUUUAGUAAUUCUAAUGCACAUGUGUGUACUUUCCUUCAAUUUUGGAAAUCAAAAUCAGGUUAUUUAAAUAAUCUUUUCUCUUUUCUGACUGCCAAGGAGUUAUGGAAUAUAUUCUUUUUUUUUUUUUUGCGGUACGCGGGCCUCUGACUGUUGUGACCUCUCCCGUUGCGGAGCACAGACUCCGGACGCGCAGGCUCAGCGGCGAUGGCUCACGGGCCCAGCUGCUCCGCGGCAUGUGGGAUCUUCCCGGACCGGGGCACGAACCCGUGUCCCCGGCAUCGGCAGGCGGACUCUCAACCACUGCGCCACCAGGGAAGCCCUAUAUUCUUAAUGAGAGAUAUAACACUUCCAUUCUUGUCCACUUGCUUUUAGGAAAAUCUUUGUGACAUUAGGAAUUGUCGCUAUUUUACUUUUAUAACACAUGAGAGUACCAGAUUUCUAUCUUAAGAAAUCAAAGUAAUGUUACUAUUAAUUAUUAAAAAUUAUUUAUCUUAUCUAAAUCUUUGGGUUAAACCAAAUAAAGGUAAACUGUUAAUGUAAAUUUAAAAAUCUAAUGCUCUUAAUUAUUUUGAAUCACAACAAUGCUAAUGGGAGGGAAAAGUCACAUAAGUUACCUAUUUCUUUUGCCACUAAUAAGUUGUAUGACCUUGAAUUUAUCCUUAAUCUCUUCUAAUGAUGGAACUUAACACUAAACACAUACCUACCUCACAAAAAUAAUGUGACCAUCGAAGAUCAGAUAGUGCUUUAUUAAUUCAAAUAGUGUUACUUAAAAUUUCAAUUGAAAUUGAUUGGGAGUCAAAAUUUGAGACAAAGUUUAUUUGCUAGUUUUGAAAGAAGAUAAGCCGUUAAUAAUUUGCAGUGUAAUGAUAUGGAAAUAGUUCCUCACUCUAAAAAAAUGUAUGCCAUAGAAAUACUAAAAUAUAUUUAGGAAUCGGCAGGAUUAUUCUAACAGAGAGAAUGUAAACUCUAAAGAAAGCUACAGACCAAUCAUAUUCACUCCAUAGAGAAAAGAAAAUUUUAUUUGUAGGAUAUAAAACAGUAUACAUGUAUAGUCAUCUAUUUAGUUGCUUAUGCAAUCAUUUUCUCUCUAGACCAGUGGUUCUCAAUGGGGCAAUUUUGCAUCUCAGGGGACAUGUAGAAAUAUCUGGAUACAUUUAUGGUUGUUACAUCUGGUGAGGAGGUGCUACUGGCAUCUAGUGGAUAGAAUUCAGAGGUGCUGCUAAAUGUCUUAUGGUGCACAGGGCAGCCCUUCUCCUCCACAACAACAACAAAAAAUGAUCCUGCCUCAGCUAUCAAUAGUGUGGAGUUCAAGAAAUCCUGCCCUAGAGGCCAAGGUUGAAAUCUUGAUUUUCCUGAAGUCACACACCUUGGUUGUGUUCUUUUAAGGAAAUUGCCUUGACUCAUCUACAGGUGAGGAUUAAAGUAUUGCUAGCAUAUGGAAUGUUACGAUGCAGAAUAAUGACCAUAUAUUUUCACAACAUUUUGAGAAUAUUAAGGACUAUAGAAUUGUGAAUAACUAUGAAAACAACUCUUAAGAGAGUUUCAUUUCUUGGGCUUCCCUGGUGGCACAGUGUUUAAGAAUCCGCCAGCCAAUGCAGGGGACACGGGUUUAAGCCCUGGUCCUGGAAGAUCCCACAUGCCAUGGAGCAACUAAGCCAGUGUGCCACAACUACUGAGCCUGUGCUCUAGAGCCCGCAAACCACAACUACUGAGACCACGUGCCACAACUACUGAAGCCCACGUGUCUAGAGCCCGUGUUCCGCAACAAGAGAAGCCACCUCAAAGAGAAGCCUGCACGCCACAAUGAAGAGUAGCCCCUGCUCGCGGCAACUAGAGAAAGACCGCACACAGCAAUGAAGACCCAAUGCACCUAAAAACAAACAGAUAAAUAAAUAAAUAAAUUUAUUUUAAAAAAGAGAGUUUCAUUUCUUAACAUGAUUUCCAAUAUUAACACACAUUAGGAUGAAGUAUUAAAUAUGUGAGUAUGAAGGUUUCAUAAUUCUAUUUAUGAUAAUUCCAGAAAAUAUAGUUUAUUGUUAACAACUGAGUGUCUGUCCAUGAUGUAGAUACGUGGGACAGGGAUGGAGCUGAGAUGGGGGAGGUAACUCUCUGUGUUGAUUCUUAUAGGAAAUUCUGAGUUUUAUCCAAUAACGAUUGUUGAUAUGGAGUCAACUAAGUGAAUGACCCUUUAGUUACUGAAAUUCACUGUAUAAUUUAAUCACUGUAAAAUUCACUUUUACAUUUAAGUUGUAUGCCCAUUGUUUGUGAAAAAACUUGAGAUUGAACAUUAUAAUGUAAAACAUGGUUGCAUUUCUGACUUUUCAACUUGCUGAUUAAACUCUACAAGUGCC